AUGGCAAACCAACGAGACUACCAACCGAGGAAACAACCAUAUCAAGCAAAUAAAAACAACCAAGGUUAUCAACAUAGAGUAAAUAACCAAGGUUUGUGGCAAGAUGGCAGAAACUCAAAUCGGCAAAAUUCUUAUAAUGCGCCUCCUCCUCAAGAAAAACCUUCGAAGAUGGAGGAGACUCUAACACAAUUCAUGCAAGUUUCCAUGGAAAAUCAAAAGAGUAACGAAGAGUCAAUAAAAAACUUUAAGACUCAAGUGGGUCAACUUGCAAAACAAUUGGCCGAGAAACAACCAGGAGCAUCUUUUUCGGGAAAUACUCUUACAUAUCCUAAGGAGCAUUGCAAAGAAAUCAUUACUAGAAAUGGUAGAGUGGUUGAGAAUGAAGUUGGUGUAGAGAUUGUAAAUGAGGAGGAUGUAGUGGAAAAAGAAAAAGAACAAAUGAAAAAUUAUGAAGAAUUAUUUGAAAAUGAGAUAGUAGAGUUAGAGAAGAAAAAAAUGAGGAAAAAAGACAAAGUGAAGGAGGCGAAGAAGAAAGUGAAGAGCUCUAUUCCAAUUAAAAUAUUUCCUUAUCCUCAUGCUCCUUCCAAGAAGGAUGAUUCUCGACUCUAUGCUUGGUUCAUGGAUAUUUUCAAGCAACUACAAAUCAUCAUUCCUUUUUCCGAGGCGAUUGACCAAAUUCUGAAGUAUGCUAAAUUCAUGAAAGAUAUCCUCACCAAGAAGAAGAGAUAUACAGAAGAGGAGACUAUUAUGGUGGAUGCAAGAUUUAGUGCAAUCAUUCAAAGAACUUUACCAAAGAAGGAAGGUGAUCCGGGACGGGUGACUUUACCGGUUAUGAUAGGAGAUGUCUAUGUUGGUAAAGGGUUGAUUGAUUUGGGAUCAAGCAUUAAUUUAAUUCCCUUAUCCAUUGUGAACAGAUUAGGGAAUUUUGAAAUGAGAUCCAUCAGAAUGACUUUGCAACUAGCCGACAAGUCUACUACUUCUCCUCAUGGAGUAGCGUUAGAUUUACUUGUAAAAGUGGAUAAAUUUUUCUUUCUGGUGGAUUUUGUUGUCAUUAACAUGGAAGAAGAUGUAGAUGCACCGUUGAUAAUUUGCCGGCCUUUCAUGAAGACGGCAAGAAUGAUGAUCGAUGUAGAUGAUGGUCUUAUGAAAGUGAGAGUUCAAGAUGAAUAG